ACCGCGGAGGGUUCUGCCGCUAUAUAAGGCGAGCGCAGGGGUCGCUGGGCCUCUUUGCUUGGCGGCGGGCUGUGGCUGCGGUGUGGUGUUGUGCGCCGCUGCCGCCAUGGGCUUUGGGGAUCUAAAGUCCGCCGCCGGCCUGCGGGUCCUCAAUGAUUUCCUGGCCGACAAGAGCUACAUCGAGGGGUACGUGCCCUCCCAGGCCGACAUAGCGGUGUUUGAAGCCGUCGGGGCCCCGCCUCCUGCCGAGCUGUUCCACGCUCUUCGCUGGUACAAUCACAUUAAGUCGUAUGAAAAGCAAAAGGCCAGCUUACCAGGAAUAAAGAAGGCUUUGGGGAAAUACGGUCCUGCUGAUGUUGAGGACACAACAGGUGCAGCCACAGAUAGCAAAGAUGACGAUGACAUUGAUCUUUUUGGAUCUGAUGAUGAAGAGGAAAGUGAAGAAGCGAAGAAACUGAGGGAAGAACGCCUGGCACAGUAUGAAUCAAAGAAGUCCAAAAAACCAGCUGUUGUUGCCAAAUCAUCGAUCUUGCUUGAUGUGAAACCUUGGGAUGAUGAGACAGACAUGGCCAAAUUAGAGGAGUGUGUUCGAAGCAUUCAAGCAGAUGGCUUGGUCUGGGGGUCUUCCAAGCUAGUACCAGUUGGUUACGGUAUCAAAAAGCUUCAGAUUCAGUGUGUUGUUGAAGAUGAUAAAGUUGGAACAGACAUGUUGGAAGAAAGAAUAACAGCUUUUGAAGAUUACGUACAAUCAAUGGAUGUAGCUGCUUUCAACAAGAUCUGAGUCUUCAUAUAUUUAGAAUAAAAAUAAUUGCAAAAAUUGGGCCAUGUCUGUCAUUAAUUCAAAGUCAUAGUGCAAUCCAGUUUGUUAAUGUAAAAUUUGACUGAUGGGUAAAGUAAAAGCUAAUCAAUUGGCUUUUAGGAUUGUUCCAGCGCUGUGGUAUUUAGUGCCAGAGCAAAGAGAGAGCUGACAGUUGCCAUAUGUCUAGGCUUAACAUUUACAUGGCUUUAAAUAUCUGAAAUGCCUUUUCCUCUAUUUUAAGUGGAGUUGCAUCUUUGGCUACUUGUAAUUAAUCUGGCAGGAGAGGUGGCUUUCAGGGAGAAGCACAGGGCUGUAGCACUUUAAGAGAAAUAGAAGUUUUGUAUAGAAAGGAUGAUGAGUAACCAAAUAGUUGUAUGGUGGCUUUAUUCUUCUGACAGCUGCAGUUCAACUGUCACUUAGGAAUGAAGACAAAGAUAAGGCAGUUUAUAGCAAUGAGGACUGCAGAGCAUUGGAGAUUGUGAAGUGUACUUAAUGUGACUGAGACUGCCAGGGUAACUUCUCACCAUCUCCUAUUGUGUGAACCUGAGAUUUUUUUUCUCCUAAAGUGUUUAAAAAAUAGAAAUAACCUCAAGUUUGGCUUUUUUUGUGUGUGUGUGGGGGGGAGAGGAGGGACGUGUCUUACUCAGUACUGCAUAAUUCCUGCUUCAAGACCAAGGCCUUGGUGUGCCUUGAACUGCAGGCCAGCAUUGGUUUUUAACCUUGAGUAGCAGGAUCGAGAUCCUUGAGGUGCAAUUAAGGUACAGUUCACUAGAGGGCGGUGUGUUCCUUCAAGAAGACCGAGGCAUUGGAGGUCUAACGGUGCCAUGUGCUUGAGUGAGGUUUAAUGGGGCGCAGUGGCUACAGUUAAUGCAGGCGGAUAGUACUUUGUUACUCUGUUAAAAUACAGCUUGCUACAGUGUCACCGUGUAUCUUAGAGUGUAUGUAACCUGUAACAAGACCAAUAGUAGGUUUGAGAUCUUAAAUAUAGUCUUCCCAUGCUCCUACAUGACUAUAAAGAUCUCAAACCUACUAUUGAUCUUGUUGUGCCUCUUUUUGAGAAGGGCUGCCAGUUGCCACUCUAUUGUUAAAGCAACAGGGUUUUAAGGAGACUGUCAGAAACACUUGAGUGCAAUCUGAACAAGAACAAGCAUUAUGAAGCAGGGAAGAACAGAAUCUGCUGCAGUUGAAUUUUGUUGGUUUUUUUCUCAGCAGUAUCUCAUAGGAAAAUCAGAGUGCCUUUUUUUCAUCGUAGAGCUUUGAAUGAGCAUUCUUCUGUCCAAGCAGUGUAGGAGAGUAAUUGGGCUUUUUCAGUUAUUCUAUGGAAAUGGAAACCAAGGAUGCUGUCUGUUCUGAUUAGGUAUCUUCAUUCCACUUGCAGAAAUGAGUUGGAUGGUGGCAACUAUGUUGCUGAUGUUGGUAUGAAGGAGGUAGCAAUCACCUUACAAAGUUGGUAGGCCAUUUUUUUCCACAGACCAGGACUGAUGUUGGCCAGAUUCUUUAUUAUCUAGGGGAGGCUUUUGGUUAAGGUGGUGGUUAAAUGUUGGCAGUGUUUUGUUGCUUUUUUUAAUCCAGAGGGGUAAUCCAAGCAAAGCUUUGUAGAGCAUUUUCUGACGAUGUACACAAGACAAAGCAAAUGUAAAAUCUUCUUCUUUGAAAAUAAAGCUCGUUACUGUG